AUGGCUGGGCUGUUUGCUAUGGCUGGGCCGCUGAUAAAUCCUGAUGGGAUUGUUGGGAGAGAUAAUCCAUUCGAAGUGGUCGUUCUUGCCGUUGUCGUUAUUGCCAAUGAUGAAUAUGAUGUCUUUGUUGAUGGUGAUAAUGGCAAUGUUCCUGUUGCUGUCACUGUUGAUGCCACUGAUGUCUUUAUUGAUGAUGAUACUAGUAUCACUGAGGAUGAUGAUGAUGCUAAUUUACAAAAUCCAACGCCGCUGCAAACUUGGCCCGCCCUACAGCAAUACCCGUUUCCGCAAUAUACAGAACUGGCGUUACAGCUACCGCUACAACAAGUUGGAGCCCUUGCUUUCAAAGAACUGUGGCUGCUAUUGUUGGGGAAUGCUUGGUCAAUUCUAUUCGCAAGAAGAGGUACCUCCCCUCUUUUCCAUUUUAAGGGCGUCGUAGCAAAAGCGAAACUGUUGAAGGUUACAAUGGUGAAAAAAAGUAUCAACGCGGAUGUGGAUUAG